AUGUCUCAGGUCCGUGGGCCGUUGGGACCCUUCAUAGCACGGCGACCCUGUCCUCAGAGGGUGUCUUCAGUUUGUGUGAGCUUCGGCUCAUGCACUGUCUCAAUAUUUUCCUAUCCCACCACGGCCACUCUGGCUGGGUGGGCCGUCUUUUUUUGCUGGUUGGGUGUCCUAACCCUAACCCUAGCGAUCGGAAAUGGAAAAAACCGAGUUUGA